AAAAAAAAGUGCCGCCGUCCGGACGCCUGCACUCUCUCUCUCCCUGCUGCUGUCGCUGCUGCUGUCGCUGUCGCCGCCGCGCAAUUGCCGCUAUUCGACAACUCGGACCCCGCCCGUCAGUCUUCCCCCGUCGAGUGGCCCGCGCUGCUUCGACUCGCGCGCCGCCUGCAUACCAUCCAGCCUUCAAGCUCGCUUCUUGACCCGCCGCCUGCCAAGCGAUAAAACGCCUCCCCCCCCCUACGCUGCAGAUAGCUCCCGCCAGGACUAAAGCUACCCGGAAGUUGUUGAGCUGUCCCAACGGGUCCUAGAACUCCGCCGUUCGCUUCUCGCCUUCCCGCAGCCGCCCCAUUGCCUCCGCCGAGCAGGGUCGUGUCCAACUUUAAUCAGACGACGACACGCAUUGUACCUCGACCAUGGCUGCACCCGCGACCCAAUCCUUGAAGUGCGUUGUGACGGGCGACGGUGCCGUGGGCAAGACAUGUCUGCUCAUCUCGUACACAACCAACGCCUUCCCGGGAGAAUACAUCCCCACAGUCUUCGACAACUACUCUGCAAAUGUCAUGGUAGACGGAAAGCCAAUAAGCCUGGGGCUUUGGGAUACCGCCGGACAGGAGGACUACGACAGACUGCGGCCGCUCUCGUACCCCCAGACCGACGUCUUCCUCAUCUGCUUCUCCAUCGUCAGCCCCCCGUCGUUUGACAACGUCAAGGCAAAGUGGUAUCCAGAGAUAGACCAUCACGCGCCCAACGUCCCCAUCAUCCUCGUUGGCACAAAGCUCGACUUGCGGGACGACGAAGCGACCAAGGAGUCGCUGAGGCAGAAGAAGAUGGCUCCCAUCCAAUACGAGCAGGCCGUCAUGGUCGCAAAGGAAAUCAAGGCGCAAAAGUACCUCGAGUGCUCUGCGCUCACACAGCGCAACCUCAAGAGUGUCUUUGACGAGGCGAUCCGCGCCGUCCUCAGCCCCCGUCCCCAGCAGUCGGCGGCCAAGAACAAGAAGAAGUGCACCAUUCUAUAAAGUGGCAAACACGGGGGCGUUUGGACAAGGCUUGUUUUGGUGUAAUUGCAGAAGGACAAACAGCUUGAAUAUGCGCGUAGAUGACGUCUACGGCUUACUUCAGGAUAGCGGACGGAUGGGCGAGAGUGAUAACAUCAGGAUACCAAAUACGCAGGCAGGACAAGGUGGACGUGACUUUGAAACAUGUCACUGACGAACAAGGAGGCGCUUGCAUGCCGGCAUAUGCGACCAUUUACACGAAUAGCAUUUGCUUUGCAGCAUCUUUUAAUACGCUGCAGUUGAAUCUCAGGAGUCUAGCCAUGGGCUUUUGUGCUGCAUUACCCUUCUUGGGCGUGGAGGGAACCAUAGGGACUGGGGGCUUAGCAUCGGUAGAAGUGUUUAUUGCAUCAAC